CUAUUUUCCAAAUCAAGCAUUCCAGUUACCGCAACACAAACAAAAUGUACCAGUGCAAGACAGUCGGUUUACUGGCACUCCAAUUGGUUCUACUCGCUGUCGUCAGUGGCCGCGUUCUAACAAAGGACGAAAAUGAAAUUAUGUAUCCGCCACAGUCAAAUUCACGCAUUGUUGGUGGCGUAGCAGCACCCGAAGGGCUAGCACCUUACCAAAUCUCCAUGCAGAAUCUACGCGGACGUCACUUCUGUGGCGGUGCGAUCAUCGAUCAGCGCUGGAUCAUCACCGCCUCACAUUGUGUAUCGGGUGCAACAGCUGCUAAAAUACAGAUCCUUACUGGCGCUCAAAAUCUGAAAAACAACACUGGCAAAUACUAUUAUCCCGACCGCAUUGUGAUGCACGCAAACUACAACCAUCCGCCGUAUGCCAACGAUAUUGCGCUCCUGCACUUGAAUGAUUCGAUCGUCUACGAUGAGCACACGCAGGCGGUGAAGUAUGCUUACGAGCCACUGAAGAAGGAUAAUGAAUUGGUGCUUACCGGUUGGGGCUCCAUGGCAUUGGGUGGCUCUACACCGGAUGUCUUGCAGACACUAACUGUUCGCGUUGUUCCGUAUGAAGAUUGCCGAGCUGCACACACUAAUAAUUUAUCGAGCUACGUCGAUGUGGGUCACUUGUGCACCUUCAAUGACAACGGUAAGGGUGCUUGUCAUGGUGAUUCAGGUGGUCCUCUGGUGCACAAUGGCACACUGGUUGCUUUGGUGAAUUGGGGAUUGCCCUGCGCGAAGGGUUAUCCAGAUGUGCAUGCGAGUGUGGCUUACUAUCACGAUUUUAUACGCACUCAUUUGACCGCUACCACUGAGGAAUAGGCUUUAGAAAAUUAAGCAUAAAAGGUGAAGAAGAAUUAAAGCCUCAUAGUUGAA